CUUCUCUCCCUUUAUAUGUUCAAUAGGCUCCGCACCCUAUUCCCACAAUCUCCGGAGUCUGCCGCCUUGUCUCGGUUUCUGAUCGACCGCCGGAAGAUGUCGACCAACAAACCGGCUGCCGUCGAGCGCGUGGGGGCGGAGAUCGUGCAUGGCGCGGAGGAGUGCUACCGCCACUCCAUCGAGCUCCUCCAAGAGCUUGGUUUUCCCAAGGGUGUCCUCCCGCUUCAGGACUUGGAAGAGUGCGGGCGUGUCCGGGAGAUGGGGUUCGUGUGGAUGAAGCAGAUGGCGCCGUACGAGCACUUCUUCGCGAACACGGGCACGCGCGUGAGCUACGCGGCGGAGGUCACCGCCUAUGUGGAGAAGUCCAGGAUGAAGAGGAUGACCGGGAUCAGGAGCAAGCAGAUGUUCCUGUGGGUUCCCAUCACUGAAAUGACCCUCGAGGAACCGGCGGCCGGCAAGAUCACGUUCAAGACGCCGGUGGGGAUCGGCAAGUCCUUCCCGGUCACCGCCUUCAUGACGGACGAGGAAAAGAACAAGUACUCGUUGGAGAGGGGAAAUUGAAAAAAAAAAUCAGUUCGCCAAAAAAUAAAAAAUUAAAACCUCUUUGGUUUCUGCUUAUUUUGCUCUUAUUUUGUUGGUGAUGGUCCAAUUGUUUUCUUGGAUCAGACUGCGGAUGUCUUCCGUUCAUUCCGCCGACGGUUAAUAUUUGAAUUGCUGGGUAUAUUGGAGUCAUUGUUUCAGUUUCCUGUGAGUGAGUUACCUUCGCCAUUGGGCCAAAGCAUAGAGAUCUUAUUAAGGUGUUCAA